AACCGAUUUGCUUCCUCUGUUGCGUGGCUGCGGGGUUGCACCUGUGAAGCGGAGACAACCUGCUAGGACCUUGAUAGGCGUACACUGCUCACUCCCACUCACGCGCCGACAACACAGGCUUGUCUCCAUUGCUCAUCCGAGUUUGUCUUGAGACUGGGCUGUGAGCUGGCACUGCAGUGAUACGCCGCAGAUGAGCAAGUGCCCAAGUUUUCCUUCGGGAAGUUCUCGUUUAGAGGAGUCAGGAGAAAAAGUCAUUGUUAUAUCCCAAAUUUAGAAGCCACUUAUCUUGGUAGCGUUCUGGGGUUCUAGAAAGCAAGUAAACUUAUGUCAGUUUACUCAGUGUGGGAAAGUGACCCAUAACUUCAAACAUCUGCCUCAGAGUAAACCUGAGGCAUUUGGGGACAAGUGCCAGACCCUCCGCUGCCUAUCAUGCAAAGCAGAGCUUACCUCUUGCUGCAAAGAGAGUUUUGUGAUAUCAAGGAGAACAAUUAUAAGAGUAUCACUGCUAGGUCUGUAAGUGAAGAUAUGAUGGAAUGGGAAGUCGAAAUUGAAGGUCUACAGAAUUCAGUUUGGCAGGGUUUAGUCUUCCAACUGACAAUACAUUUUACAUCGGAGUACAACUAUGCUCCUCCAGUUGUGAAAUUUGUAACAAUUCCUUUUCAUCCAAAUGUAGACCCACAUACUGGUCAGCCCUGUAUAGACUUUUUGGACAACCCUAAGAAGUGGAAUACAAACUAUACAUUGAGCAGCAUCUUACUUGCCCUACAGGUUGUGCUUUCUAAUCCAGUGCCAGAGAAUCCAGUGAAUUUGGAAGCAGCCAGAAUACUGGUUAAAGAUGAAUCUCUGUACAGAACAAUUCUAAAACUUUUCAACAGGCCAUUACAAAUGCUCAAAGAUCCAGAUUUCAUUGGACAGUAUUACAAAUGGAAGAAAAUGGAUCUACAGCAUCAUAAAGAAUGGAAUUUAAAGUAUUCUGUUAUCAAGUGUUGGCUUGCUAGAAAAAAUAGAAUGCCUCAUGAAGUCAAUCACUCAAUGGAAGAAAUGAAGCUCUGCCCAACUCUAAAUGAAAUUUUUCUUGAGUCACCAACUGCAAUAAAUAGCAUCACAGACAUUUAUGAAACAGAAGAGGAGGGGUGGAAGAGUGACACUUCAUUAUAUGAAAAUGACACAGAUGAGCCCAGGGAAGAGGAAGUGGAAGAUCUGAUCUCCUGGACCAACACUCUCAAUACAAAUACUUUAGAAGAUUAAGCAGAACAUUAUCAGAUUCAAAAAAUAAACAGCCUCCGCCAUAGCCGAGCGUUGUGGAGCAAUUUUGGAAGACUCUGAGAACUUGGAUUUCAUUUUUUUUCAAGUUGUUCUUACCCGCUCACUGCAAGUACAAAUUAGAAAUAUAAGUACAAAUCAGUAAA